AUGAGAAAUUCAAUUUUCUUUCUCACUCUCCUAACACUCACUGUCGCUUACUCCCUCCAAUUCCAAGCUCACGCUGCUCCUGCAGGGCCAUUAAUAAAACACUUGUCUUCUCUUCUCAAGUGGACCAGGGAAAUUUCCUCCAAAACACCACAAUCAGAUGGGAAUGUUCUUCAAUUUGAGAAUGGGUACUUAGUUGAGACUGUUUUGGAAGGUAACGACAUUGGAGUAAUUCCUUACAAAAUCCGCAUCUCAGAGGAUGGCGAACUCUUUGCCGUGGACUCCGUUAACAGCAACAUUAUGCGGAUUACUCCGCCUUUGUCCCAAUAUAGUAGGGGAAGAUUGGUUGCUGGGUCAUUUCAGGGUUACACAGGACAUGUUGAUGGAAAGCCAAGUGAUGCUCGUUUCAAUCAUCCCAAAGGUGUAACUAUGGAUGAUCAAGGGAAUGUAUAUGUUGCUGAUACUGUGAAUCAUGCCAUAAGAAAGAUUGGAGAUGCUGGUGUGACAACCAUUGCAGGCGGGAAAUCAAAUGUUGCAGGCUACAGGGAUGGGCCUAGUGAAGAUGCAAUGUUCUCAAAUGAUUUUGAUGUGGUAUAUGUUCAAUCUACUUGUUCCUUGCUAGUUGUUGAUAGAGGAAAUGCUGCUCUUCGGCAGAUCUCUCUCAACCAGGAGGAUUGUGAUUAUCAGUACAGUUCAAUUUCUGCCACAGAUGUGCUUAUGGUUGUUGGUGCUGUCUUGGUAGGGUAUGCUACAUGCAUGCUUCAGCAGGGAUAUGGACCUUCUUUCUUCUCGAGAACGCAGCCACCUUUAAAGAGUGAAAUUAAAGAGCAUCCAAGCAAUGGGAAAUCUUCUCCAAUGGUGGAGAGCAUGAAAGAGGAACCAGGAUGGCCAUCUUUUGGACAGCUCAUCAUUGAUCUAUCCAAGCUUGGGCUUGAAGCAUUGGCUGGCAUAUUUGUUCACUUCAUCCCCUCCCGUUUUAUGCCUGGUGGCUCCCAGAAAGGCCUCACUCCAUUAAAAGAUGCUCUUAGGAUGCCUGAAGAUGAAGCUGUGACCCCAUUAGUUCAGAGACAAAGUGCUCCUGCUCCUCUAUCUGAGACUCGACAGGCCCAUACUCCCAAUGCAAGUGAGAAAUAUUCAGAAAUGAAGCCACCAAAGAUGAAGUCAACUAGUUUUAAAGAUCCCUCUUUGUCAAGCAAGCACCGGUCUUCAAAGCGACAGGAUUCUGCAGAAUUCUAUGGAUCUGGUGAGGUUUCUUCUUAUAGCAGGUCUAAGAGUCAGAAAGAAAGACCGAGGCACCGCCAACGAGAUAAGAGUGGCGAGAUAGUUUUUGGAGCUGGGACAGAACCAAAACCCAUGGAUAUGAAGGCUGCAGGUUAUGACAACCCAAGGCACCGCCAACGAGAUCAGAGUGGCGAGGUAGUUUUUGGAGCUGGGACAGAACCAAAACCCAUGGAUAUGAAGGCUGCAGGUUAUGACAAUCCGAAGUUUGAAAAUUACAAUAUCAGGAGUAGGUAUGGACCUGAUAGCUCGUACCGCUUUUGA